CCAGAAAACAUACCCAACCAUUGCCCAACCAAUUGCUCCUGCCGAAAUCUCAGCGACACAUACCCAACUACUCUGACAUAUUUCCCCCUCGAAGCAAUGGAGCAAGCUCUUCGUGUCGUUGAUGGUCUCAAGUCUUUCCGGGAAACUCGUCUGAGUGCACUCCGACCGCCCAAUGAAUUCUUUGAUCACAACCGUGUCUCGAGACCAGCGGAUCUCAACCAAGCCGUUCAGCGGAUAUCGUACAACACACGUUACUUCUCCGGCAACUAUGGUGUCGUGGCCGCUAUCUUGGCCGUCUAUGCUCUCAUAACCAACCCCCUUCUCCUCAUUGCUCUUGGUUUCCUCGUCGGAGGAUUUGCCGCCAUCAACCGAUUUGCUCCCGAGCCAAUGCAAGUUGGAGAUCACGUCGUGACUCAGAAGUCCCUCUACACAGGUCUCUUCGUCAUCGGCCUCCCCCUUCUCUGGUUCGCCUCGCCCGUCAGCACGUUCUUCUGGCUCGUCGGUGCCUCGUCGGUUCUCAUUCUAGGACAUGCGACGUUCAUUGAGCCCGGUGUCGAGAGCGAGUAUGCCCAGGUGCAGGAGAGCGUCUAAGCAGAAUACUCGAGACCGCGCAGAGCGCAGGGCCAUGUACUGUGGCGUGUGGAGUGGCCAGGGCACGAGAGGCGUAAUGCUCUGUGCCCACAUGUGAAGAGGGAUGAGCUAGGGCAACAUUUUAAGGGGGUCUCAGACGCUACAGGACUAUUUGGCUUGCAAUAGAAUGGUCGUUUUCUUUCCUAUAUCACUUUGGCCGAUUUGAUUUUCUUGGUCCUAUUGAUCCAGUUCUUCAUGUUUUUGUCAUUUUGUUGUCUUGAUUUUAUUCACCCCGAACGAACAGGUAUUUUUCCCAGUAAUAAUCGGAGGAAGACUCUUCUCCCCACAUUCCUGAUCGUGUACUUCGAAAGUCGUUACAAGGCCGCCGAAAGGUAUGGUUCUGCUCAUCUCAUACCUCCUAUCCUGGCUCUACUGUCACUAUAAUUAUCACGCAGUUGCACACCGUCGUCGCUUCCUACAUCGUGAUCGACACCGCCCAUCUCAGACAAGUUUCC